AUGCUCACGAUAUCAAAAACCAAAGGAGGCGGAAGAUUCCGCGCGCCAACCGAUCAGGCGAGAAAACAAGAUCGGAAGCGGGAAAACAAGCGGAAUAAGAAAGAUCGGCAACAAAUUCGACAGGCUAUGGCAAAGUUCUGCAAUUUAGAAGAGACCACAAGUAAACUGCUGCUUUUGGAGAGACAAGGUGAGGCUUGACUUUUAAAAAUAUGAGAAAUAUCGAAUAAUCAAUAUUAUUUCAGUUCUUGGCCUCGAUCCUCAACCAUUCCACAUCGAUGUAUUGAAAAAGAAGCAAAAGGUGUUGACGGAUCUGAUAAACAAACGAAGAAUGACACUUCAACAAGCAAAAGAUGAUGAGGAACUCAAAAAAUUCAACGAGAAAUUGCAAAUUUAUCAUGCAGAUUGUAAAAAACUUGCAGUUCUUGCUGAACAAGCCAGAUUAGCCAGAGAAACAUUACCAGAAAUGAUUCCUCUACCUUCUGGAGAUAUGCUUCCACCAUUACCACAACAAAGUUCAAUGAUGCCGGUAAAGUAAGAAUUUCAAAUGUUUGUUUUAAUAUUCAAACCAAACACGUUUCUCCAGGAAAAAAGUCGAUUUCCAACUUCCAUCUCGAGCUCCCCGAAGUGGCCAAAAACCACCAGGUCCACCUUGCGGAGUUGCACCAGAAUAUAGUGAUGAUGAAGAGGAUAUGAUAGAUGAACCGCAUUUUGAUGAAGAUGAUCUUGGACCGGUGCCAAUUCCUGAAUUCGAGCAAAGGCAUCAUCCAGUUUAUCCGCCAAUGUAUAGAAAUCGUAAGUUUUUGCUUGUUUGUUGUUGA